AUGGAAAAUAUUGACGAUACUCUUCAAAUAAAUGAAACAACUUGGGCAGAGUUACGAAAACAUAAAAAAUUAAUGGAAUUUUUAAAUUCACAUUGCCAACAAAGAUUAUAUUCAUUUCAGAUAAAAAAGUGUACGCAAUAUGGUUGUUCUUUUUGUAAAUCUAUUAGAAUGCCACUUGAAAAGUUUGAUUCGCUUAACUUUUUACCAGAUCCUAUUCCAUCUAUAGAUGAUUCAAAUCACCAUAGCUUAUUUAAUUCCUUGUAUGGAAAUAAAACGAAUGAAGAUUAUUGUCCCUCUUUAUUAAUAAAUCAAGAAGGACAAGAACGUGGUCCUAAUAAUCUUUAUACCCAUAAAAAUAUCAAUGGAUGGUUUAAAUUCACUUGA